UUGACCAAUUUAACUAUCUAGGCAAAUCUAUUUGCAAAGUUGUUUUAGCUAACAUUUUGGUUACACCUCAUUUUAAGGGGCCUUUUUAAAGUGCAGUUACAUAAUUACUUACAUUGCAAAAUGUGUUUCAGUGCAAAUAUGCACACACAUUUUGUGUGGCUUGUUUGUAUGUACGUAUAAAGCAUGUGUGAGCUAAAGUCAUGUUUUUGUUUGUCUAUAGAAUGCCACGUACUACGCGUUCUAAAAAAGUGCUUGUUAGCACAGUGGGGGAUGAUGGCAUGGCAUCAAAAAAUGUGCCGGAUGAGUUGACUGAAGUGGUUGGAUGUUGAAGUCCAGCAACGAGAGGGCCAGGAACCACCUGUGGUUACUGUGAUGGAGGAUGUAGACACUGAAUCCUUUGAUUCAGGUGGCAAAUGCUGCAUCAAGUUACACCAACAAUGAAAACAUGAAAAUGAAGAUGCUCAAAAUGAAAAUAAAGGCAUUGGAGGAAGAGAGGGACUUCCUCCGAACAACUAUUACCCAGCUGACUGGACAAAGAACUUCUUCAGGACCAAGUCCUAGCUCAUCUGUGGGUGACAACAUUGCCAAGCUUGAGGAUCAGUGGGAUGACAGCUCUGAUUCUUCGAGCUCUGAUAGCUCUUCAUCCACAGACAGCGAAAUAGAAAAGAAAAAGAAAAACAAGCAGAAGAAGAAAAAGAACAAAAACAAGAAGGGAAAAAAGGAAACUAAAAAAGGGAGAGCAAAGACCCCAGAAGAUAUCCUCAGAAGAUACAAGAUGGUCCUGGCAGCAUACAAAAGGAAGGGAAGUAUGGCUGCUGCAUUCCAAACCGUGGGUGUUGACAGAAACACCGUGGCCAUGAGUGCACCACUAGCAGAGAUAAUGAUUGCGGCACCAGAGUUCUUCAAAAAACAGCCAGCUUUUGAAUGUGGUAAUGAUACACUGAACCAAUAUGUGAGAAGGAUCACCAAAAAUGCAACAGCUGAGGUGAGCAAUGUGAUCAAAGAAAAGAAGAAACAAAAUGAACUGCUCCCAAUCACUUAUACAUUUAAGUGACCACGAAGUAUGCAAAUGCUUGCACUCACACACUCGGAGACAUGCUUUAAUCAGAUAAACAUGUUAAGAUACAUUCUGUUCUGGCUGUUUGUUGUCUUGCUGUCCAUCUGAGUUCGUAUACAAUCUAUCUUGCCCACAUACAUUGGAUUUUACACACCUGAAACAUGUUUUUAAUUUUGGGAAUAUAAAUUGAAUAUAGAUUCAAAUUUUUUCUGUACAUUGUUUUCUGUAUAUUAGUUUGUAAAUAUCCU